AUGGCGUCUUCGUCCGCGGCGCGGCACGGUCCGUCGAGGAGGGCCGGCGAGGCCGCCAGGUUCUGCACCACCGGGCUGCCCAGCGACGUCGUCUUCGAGGUGCAGGACAUGAGCUUCCACCUCCACAAGUUCCCGCUCAUGUCCAAGAGCCGCAAGAUCAGCCGCAUGCUUGCCGAGCAGGACGAGCAGCGUCCGGCGGGCCAGCGGCGGCGUCGGCGUGGCAGGUCCGGAGGCAAUGCCGAGGAGCAUGCUGUUGCUGCUGCCGCGGCGGAAACAGAGAUUGUGGAAGCAGAGGAAGAGGAGGAGGACGGCGACAAGGAGCAGGAGCAGGUUAGGAUGGAGGACGGCAAGUCGUACCGUAUCACCUUCCCGGACUUCCCCGGCGGGCCGGGCACCUUCGAGGCGGCGGCCAAGUUCUGCUACGGCGUCCGCGUCGAGCUCACGCCCUGGAACGUCGCGCCGCUGCGGUGCGCGGCCGAGUACCUGGAGAUGACGGAGGAGCACUCCGAGGACAACCUGGCCGUGCGCGCCGAGGCCUACCUUUCGCAGUCCGUGCUCCGCCACCCCGGCGAGGCCACCAAGGCGCUCAAGUCCUGCGAGGAGCUGCUGCCGCACGCCGAGGAGCUCGGCAUUGUCGCCCGCUGCGUGGAGGCCAUCGCCGCGCGCUCGUCGGCGACGUCGCGCUCCUGGUUCGGCGACCUGGCCGUGCUCGGCCUGCACAUGUACAAGCGGGUGAUGGCGGCCAUGGCCGCGCGCGAGGACGUGAGGACCGAGGCUUUGGAGGGCUGCCUCGUGUCCUACGCCAAGGCCACCCUCCCGGGGCUGUCGAGGUCCAUGAGGUGGCGCCGCGCGUCCGCGCCCGUGUCGUCGGAGGUGGAGCAGAGAGACCUCCUGGAGGCGGUGGUCGCGAGCCUCCCCGCGGACAAGGGCUCGGGGAGCGUGGUGACCGCGAAGUUCCUGUUCGCGCUGCUGCGGACGGCGCACAUCCUGCGCGCUUCCGACGCGGCGCGCGCGGCGAUCGAGCGGAAGGCCGCGACGCAGCUGGAACAGGCAACGGUGGAGGACGUGCUCAUCCCGAGCUACUCCGGCGCCGCGGAGACGCUCUACGACGUGAACUGCGUCGAGCGGGUGGUCAGGCACUUCCUGGCUGAGGAGGAGGUGGGCGAGGACGAGGCGUCGUCGUCAGCUGCAAUCACCGAGGAGGAAGCGGCGGCGAGGACGACGGCGUCGCGCCCGUCGGCCGUGGCAAUGGUGCAGGUGGGCAAGCUGGUGGACAACUACCUGGCAGAGGUCGCGUCCGACGCCAACCUGAAGCCAGCCAAAUUCUGCGAGCUCGCGCUGGCAAUGCCGGACCACGCCCGCAUCUACGACGAUGGCGUCUACCGCGCCGUCGACAUCUACCUCAAGGCGCAUCCGCGGCUGACGGCGGAGGAGCGGGACAGGGUGUGCGGCGUGGUGGACUGCCGGAAGCUGACGGUGGAGGCGUGCACGCACGCGGCGCAGAACGAGCGGCUCCCGCUGCGCGCGGUGCUGCAGGUGCUCUUCUUCGAGCAGCUGCAGCUCCGGCGCGCCAUCACGGGCACGCUGCUGGCGUCCACGGCUUCCCCGCGAGCGCGGCAUCCGAAUCCUCAUCCGCAGCGGCCGGCGGCGGCGCUGCGUCACGCCGCUGACCCGAGCGAGGCGUGGCGGACCACGACGGUGCAGGAGAGCCAGACGCUGCGGGUGGACAUGGACGGCAUGAGGAGCCGGGUGCAGGGCCUGGAGAGGGAGUGCUCCAGCAUGCGGAGGGCGAUCAAGAAGAUCGACGGCGGCGCGUCGCCCGGCAGCGCCGGCCCGGACGCGGACACCCCGGCGGGCUGGCGGUCGCGGUACCGGUGCAAGUUCAGCACGCAGGUGUGCGACUCGCAGGCGCGCGACGCGGUCGUGUCCAGGGCGUCCAGGAUGGGGAUGAGCCCAUGA